UUGUCUGUGAUAUUGGGCCUUCAUCAGGUCUGAAAGAAAGGUUUAAACCUGAGAGACUGACAUCCAUCUCUGAUAUGAGUUGGCAAUAAAAAAAUGCUUUAACCUCUGGCUGAGUUGGGUUCUUAGCCCUAGUUUUCUGUAGUGAUAUAUUCCCUGCUUUAAUUAGGUAUGACCUGGAAAAGGUCUCUUGAGCUUACUUCACCACUUGUGUUGCUUUGAGAAGUGUACUUCAUAAACUUUUAAACAAAGGUUUAAUAUUGCUUAUCUCCACCCUUCUUUUUCCUUUCUGGAAGGAGACUCAUCUUGUUUUAAAACCAAACCUAAACAACUGACAGUAACUUGAGAAGUAAAAGGGGGUAUAUUUAUUUAUAUUUAUUACAGACAGCAGUUCAUGCAAAAUAUUUUGGUUCUAAUUCAAAAUGUAUUAAAUUAUUUUGGGUUUUUGGUUUGUAUUUGUUCCUCAGCCAAGCUGGGUGAAUUGUACAGCUAAGGGUGGGAAGCCAUACCAUCCAAGGUAAUACCAAAGUAUUGCCUUUAACCUCUUUCUAGCAUAUUCCUUGUCUUUAAGUCAAGUGGAAUCCAAAGGCUGUGUGUGUGUUGGUUGAGGCUUCCCAUCCUUCUCUUAGGAGCUCUUGGAUCUGAAGUGUGGGAGAUGGAGUAGAAGUGAGUGUGCAGGAUACAGCUUUAUUUCAGUAGUAGUUUAUAUUUGGUCUCAGCUGCCACGUUGACCAGUUGGUCUUAGUGGUGAUGCUUUAGGGUCAAAACAGUGAAAUUCUGGGCUCAGUAGUGAUUUUCUACAUUUGAGGUAAGUGAACCUAAUAUUUAUUCUCAUCUAUCUCUGGAGGCAUUAACAAGGCAAUCCUAAUUUUUAACCUUAGAGUGGUGAUAUGUAAUUCUGCCUUGCACAGUAGGUGAUGUACGUUCUUCAGCAGAUGGUUUUGAGCUCUUGAUAUUCCUUGUGCUUCCAGAGCCUAUGGAAUAUCUCAAAUUCGUCUCCAGUGGCCAUAAGUUGAUGUAAAGGAUGUCUUCUAGCCUAUUUUUCUUGUUCCUUUUUGGAGUUUUGUGCUGGAGUUGUCAACCUGAAUCCAAGCUUGAACUUCUCUUAAUAUUGAAGUUUUCUUCUUAUAAAAACUGGUUUGUGCAAACACUGCAUGGAGAGAGUGGAGAGAUUCUGUAACUCGUGAAAUCUAUCUUCAGUCCUUUUGGAGAAACUCAAAAUUGCAAAUAUUGAAAUGGAGUUCUUUGAUUUGUUUGUUCAGAGUUCUAGAAUGUGGUGUUAAGGCUUUUUUGUCACAUCUGAGUGCUUCAGGGAGAACAACUACAAUUUAAACAGCAUUUUUAGAUGGUUGUGGAACAGUUUCUACAGAAUACAAACUAGGAUUGUAAACUCUUUGUUUUCCCUUUUGGUCAGAGACUUAUUCUAAUGCUCUAUUAAAAACUUCUUUGUAAAGAACCUCAGAAAAUAAAGGGGUGCUAGUUAAUGGCAUUGAGAGGACUCCUGAAGUACAAUAUGUUGGAAAUUGAGGUGUCCCCUUUUAGAACAAAUCCCCCAAAAUAUUGAUAACCUUAUAGCUGUAGGAAACUUUCUAAUUAAAACUGAUUUUUUUUUUUCAACUUGGUGUGGAAUUUUGGAAGGUUUGCAGAGUAGCCACACUGCAGAUUAGUGCUGGAAAGGAUAGAGUCCAAAUAAUUCUCUUUUAAGUGCCCGCUAUCAACAACUUUUCUGGGCUAAAAGCUAUUAAUAAUAGACUUAUGUUGUAAGGAAUGCUUAGCCUCUCUGUGAACUUCUUAGCACUGUAGUAAAUAAUACCUAUAUUUAGAAUUAGAAUGUUCUCUUCCCUUUUGGAAGUUGAUAUUUUGCAUUUCAGGAAUUUUGUGGCUUUUUCUCAGAUGGCAUGAAGUAUUACCUUAGCAGUUUCUGAAAAGCUGGUGUUCCAGCUUAGUGUUGCUUCAAGCAUAAGUGGGAUGGGACAGACAAAGACUUGAUCAGUUUUGUGUGAUGUUUCAGUUUUGAAGUGCUUCUUGGAUGCUGCAGAAAGUGCCAGGAGGCAAAAAUUCACAUCACCUUUCAUCUGGAGUCUAGUAGUGAAAUCAUCUAGAUCUGCAGUUAGUACUGCUGGAGUGAUUAGCUCCUUUGGCUUGCUGAAGCAGAGAUAAUAAUUUAAAGGACCUGCUUAUCCGAACUGGAAUUUUGACUCCAGCUAAUCCUUUUCUUCUGCUGGGAGCAAGUUAAGUGCAUGUAUGGGAUUGUUGGUAAUCAAGGUUCCAAGUAGCCUGUGGAGCAAAGAGUAGGGAAUAAUAUGAAGUAACAGAGGAAACAAUCCUCUGUGUUCUCACAGGUCAUUUUAAUGCCAUAGGCAUAAAAAUAAUGGAAUAGUCAUCACCAAGAAACACCUACAUUUGUGUUAUGGGGAAUUCAUAUAAAAAUCUUGUGAUCUCCUCUUUAUCCAAGAUAGAACUUCUAGAAACAGAAAAGAAAUUGUUAGAAGUGUUUCAAACAAAUGUAAAUUUUCCCAUUGAGAUGAGCUGUUGCUGGAACAUUUUGUCCUGCGGGAUGCAGAGGAGGAGAAGUGGGUUGGGAAAUGAGUCUGGCUGCCUUACUUUCUUAGAGCCAAGGAGAGAUUUUUGUGUUGGCUUUGUGUUCUUCAUCAGGACUCUUCAUCUCUCUGAAAGUAGCUUGUCAAAUUGAAUGACAUCCUUUAAUUGACUGGGAGGUUGGAUAAUCUGUAUUUUUAGUAGUCUUCCCCAAAAAAGACACUAGUGAUGUCACUGAGAAGAUACAGAAUUCGUGACAUGAGCACUUCUGUUCUAAUUCCACUGUUAAUUUUGGCAGAUAUUUUACAAGUCAUUACUACUUGUAGCUAAUCUUUUAAAGAAAUAAGCCCUCUCUCCUUUAGUAGUACUAUAGAGAUAUAAUAAUGAAUCUUUACUUUUCUCAGCCUUCGGAAUGAAUAGAAAAGAACUCUAAAUCAGAGACACUGGUGAUACCGAUUCCAUCACAGCUCAUUCUCCAGUUUUGAGGAAUGUUAGCUUUGGCUUGCAUUUGGAGUUUGAUUUUUAUAUUCCAUUUAUUCCUUUUGAUUAGCUUACCUUUCAACAACAACAAAAAAAAAUAGCUUCUCUUCCUCCCCACCUCUCACCUCUACCCCUCAGCUCAAGGAGAUCGUAGGAAGAUUAAGUCUCUCCCAGGACAGAGACUGAGUAACAUCUUUUGUUGUGUGUGUUUAUCUUGGAGGUCUCAGCUUGCUCGCUAUCCUGACUAAUCAGGCUCCACAAAGGAUGGUGUGCUAAGGGAAGGAUGGCCAUAAUCUUGUAGGACUUCAUCCAACUUGGAGCUCCAAGGCCUAUUGUUAUUGGCUCAAGGCUUGGAAGAUAUUCCUGUUUGAACUGGCAGUGCCUGGCUCUGCUGCUGCCUGUGGAGACUUGGUGACAGCAGAGGUGUGUUACCUGUGGGCUCUGCUUCCAGGCUCUGUGCAGACUGGGGCACGACUGGAUUGUGCCAGGAUCUCUGCCAUGAGGCAGCUGGAAAUGUGCAAAUUCAGCAGCAUCCUCAUUGCCCUAACGAGGAUGGUCAAAUGGUUCAUGUUACUGAAAAUGAAUUUGUAUGAAGUGCUGAGCAGUUGGAGAGGGAUUCAGCUUGAUAAGGAGAGACUGAAAAAUAAAGUUGGCUGUCUUUAACCAGCUCUAGAAAAACAGCAUGGUGAAAAAAGUACAUAAAGUAAACACCUUACUCUAUUCUCUCUGUGGAUCAAUUAAAUACAUACAAUAGCAGAGAGUCUUAAACUAAACCCUCAAAAAUAGAAAAGCUAAGUGAGGCACUUCUCUCUAGGAGGUACUGAGGGGCAAAAAGCUUAUAAAUGCAGAAUAAGAAAGAUUUUAAAUGAACACAGCUAAGUGAGGUCAUUCUGAAGAAUCUCUUGUCUCCUGGCAGCCAAAUUAUUAAUUAGCAAAGAUGAGGGAAACAAUUCCUUGUAGAGUAUACAUAGCUCAGCCAGAGUGAACUGGGAGUUUGGUCACUGAGUUAAGGUGCUGAGGCUGCAGGGAGGAUUUCAGAUCCCUUUGAGCUGCUGGUAAGUUUGACCAGUCAAAGGAGUACGAAUUGGGAAAGGAAGAUGGGAGCAGAACAUGUUCAAACCAUGCUUCAGGAGGAGAUGCCUAAUUUCUAAUUAAAGAAGAAUCUGUAUGGCUCAACAUAGGAAAUGCUGAUGUCAACUGGCAUUCUUGUGUGAAUUUCCUUUUUUUCUGAUGCUUUAGUUGGACAGGUACUUGGACAAGCAGUGUCAGCAUCCCACAGUGCACCCACACAAGCAUUUGUGUCCAGUUCGUGGUGAUCCAGCUGGAAAACAUUUCCCAGAAACAAAAGGAAGUGUUUUGGUUUUAUCCAGCUAUAAAAAUUCCUUGAUCUAGUUCUCUGUGAUGAGCAGAAACACUUGUGCUGGCACACGGCUGUGGGCCACAAAUAGCCAGAGAAGAGAAUGUGUUGGCAGUUGUGAUGGCAGCUGAGGUACAUCAAACUGCAGCCUAGAAUGGCUGUCAGUGGUAGGAGUGUGAUGGUGACACUUUGGCCACUUAAACAUUCAUUGUUUCAUCCUUAACAAGGACUGCCCAGUAAGAACGGAUUUCUAGUGUAAAACAGUUAAUAACACUGUACUGAUCAAGCACAUUUAAGAAAGGUGAGAAGGGAAUUCACUUGUGAACUGUACUUCUAAUCUGAACUACAACCCCUGCUAUCAGGGUUGUGCUUCAUAUUGAGCAAUGGAAUUUACUUGUGAUGGGGAGCAGGAGAAAGUGGGAGCAGAUAGAUGAAGGCUUUUCAGCGUCUUUUUGUCCCUGCCCCAUAAUUAGAAACAAAAUCUUAGUCAGUGGAGCAUGUCUCCAUAUGAAAAAUUGUGUGAGCUGUUAUAAUGAAACUUUUUGGGGGGGUUUUCCACAUUGCCUGUGUUUCAGAACUGAUUGGGUUCCAUGUUGUCGGAAAGGGCCUGAAUGGUUGCAGUGCCUGAAUAUUCCUGUCAGGAGCUGGUAGGAUUUGUGAAUGUGGAUAACUACAAUUCAGCAUGAUUCUGAAAGUGCUAUGCUUCUGUGAUUUCGUUUGCUUUCCCUUUAUCUUUUGAUUCAGUUGCUUCAUUAACUAAAGUCUAAUGUCAUUCUGUCUAGUCUCUUGUUUUAGCUUGUAUUAAGCUGACUUGAAAUUUCAGUGGAACAUUUGAAGUACUAAGCAGUAUAUUUCUGUAAUUAACUGAUUACAGAACAGUUUUAUCAGGUUUUGAUUUUUUUCCUUGUGGGAGAUAACCCAUGAAUUUUUCUAUGGCCCUUCUAAACAGAAGUAACUAAACAUGUGCUGAACGUUCCAGCUGGUUCUUAGCCUCUCUAGUGGAAGUGUUCAUUCUGAACAUGGGUCUGAAAGUCUUUGCACCAGUUAUGAAGCAUUUCAGGAUGUUUUCAAUCUGUAAAGAAACAACUUCUGACCUCCAGUCAGCCUUUCUUGUGACUUCUAUUCCGGAUUUACAGAUUUACUUUGAACUUCACCAGACUUAAAAGGGACACAGCAAUGUGUGAUUGUGCUGCUCUAGAUACUGCUGUGUUCACAUGCUUGCCCUCAAACUUGUUUUCAGUAUUUCAUGAACCACACUUUGUUUUAACUGCUCACAUUGAACAAUAUAAGUGCCACCUUUACCAUUGACUGUAUGAACUUGAGGGUUUUUUAAUAUUUGAUCUGAUGUAAUUUCAGAAAAGGGUGUAAAUAUUUGAAGUUGUGUGUCUUCCUGAAAGAUAGGACACAUGAAGUAAAAGCAGACCAGUUGAAUUUCCAGCUCUCUAGAUAGCACUGUUUGUGGUAGAAGCACAUUUCUAAGCAUUCUAUCUUACAGGAAAAAAGUAGAUAUAAGAACAAGGCCAAAAGUUGGGCAGAAGUUGCAUUUAUGGGACAGCUCUCAGGCUCAGGGAGACUGGUGUAGCAGACUGCUGUGAAGGUAAAAUAGUGCAUGGCUAGCAUAUGAAAGUCAUAUUUGAGGAUGUACUUAAAGGCAGCAAGUUUAAAAGAUAGUCCAACAUCACCAUGACUACUAUUAAUAUCUUAGUUUUAAGUGGGUUUAUCUUGACUCAUAGCCUCAAGUUACUUUUUUUCUUGCUACUACUGGUUAUUUAAACAGCUAAUUAGUAGUGUAGAAGAGGCAAUGGAACAUUGUUUAUGGAAACAUAAUUUGAAAAUAAUUUUCUGCUUUUUUUUAAACUGUAGAUGUUGAAACUAGAAAAUGCAAGUCAACUUAUGGUCUUAGUAGCAUCAGUGUUCCUCCCCAGAGCCUCAUGUUUAAAUUUGGAAAUAUCUCUAUGAUGAUCUCUUCCCACAUUAUAUUCCAUAAGUUGUCCCUGAAUGUGCUUGGCCAACUUAAAUCCUCAGGAAUAGUUAAUGUAGGUCACUAGAGAGAAAGAAAAUAUGUAGAGGAUGUUGAGGAUAAAAAGAGGUAGCUGAUGAACCUAGUGCUUUUGAUGUAGAUGACUGCUCAAAGAAUAAAGAUAUCAAAGCUGUUGUCUGUGAUACUUUUAUGUAAAUGGGAAUCUGUCCUGGUUACCAGAUCUGGUGUUGGCUGACAGGUAACAGUUAUGUAACCUUUAAAGAAAAAGCUGAAGAAAACACAGGGCAAGACAUUAAAAGUAGCUGAGGGUUUGGGAAGUGGGUAUAGUGUUUGCUGCCACUGGUUCACUUUUCUUUUAUAAGAAGGGAUUAGUGAUGAAAAAAUGUGGUGGAAUGCUUUAACAUGCCAAAUAGUGUUAAACAUGCAGAGCAGUAUGGUGGGUAAGUGCCUGUGUCAUAUGCUGUGCUAAUAUACCUGGCUUAGGCUUCAGUAGUUUAAAUGAGGGAAAGUUUUCCCUCUGCCUUGGAUUAAACUCCUAGGUAGAAGCAGUUCAGUAGCAGGAAACAGCCAUAUAGUAUUCUGAUCCUCACCAUUAAUGAGUCUUAUCUCCUUUCUGAAGUUUUAAUCAGUGAAACCUCAAAUAGGAGUAUUCUUUCGUGAGUAGAGAUGGGUAAUUGAAAUGCCAGGCCUUCAGCAUUGGCCACCGAGUGAUAUAUUUGCAUGAAGGAAUAAUCCAAAUAAGAGUUGUGUUAUUACAAUACUAAUUAUGAUAUAUACAAUAAUUUUUCUGACUUUUUCCUUUUUUUCUAAUCCAAUUUUACAGGAAACCAGACAUGAUACACUGACAGCAUUUGGAAAUAAACUUUGGCAGUAAGAUGGAAGCAUAAAUCUCAAGAUUCUAGACCAAAACAGAAAUGGCUCAUGAGUAUUGAAAGAAGAGACUGAAGAGCCUCCAACACGUGUGUGAGCAGUGGAAAAGGAACAACUACCAUGGUAACACUAAUAACAGAAAAGCUGCAGAACCAGAGCUUGGAUGAUCUGACCUGUAAAACAUACAAUAUUAAUCUGUACUCAUCUGAGAAGCUGAACAAAAGUGGCAGCUUGUUCCCUUUCGAAAUCAAUGACAGUCCUUGGAAAGCUUUAAAUGGGGGUUACCCAAUCCAGCCUGACACAACCAGGAAUUCAGCCUACCCUUUCCCGGUGUGCGCGUUCAGCACCAGCGCUGCCAGCAAUGGCAGCCUGCCGUGGCAGCACGAAUCCUCCAGCACGUCCAUGGUGUCGGGAUGGAUAAGCGAGUUAAACCUCAACGAGAACUCGGGCCAGCCGCUGGCACCGCCCACCAAGCGCCACUGCCGCUCCCUGUCGGAGCCGGACGAGCUGGCUCGCUGCCGCUCGCCCUGGAAGCCCGGCAGCUCCAAGGUUUGGACUCCCGUGUCAAAGAGACGCUGUAACAGCGGCGGCAGCGCGACCUUGCAGCGCUGCAACAGCCAUGGAAGUGCCACCUUGCAGAGAAGCACAAGCAUCAGCCUGCCACAAAACAUCCUGUCCCUAAACAACGUCUUCACCAUCACCAGCUUCAACACCUCUCCGGUACCCAGACCUUCCUCUGCCAGCAGCGGGUUUGUGGACAGCAGCGAGGGCAGCACGAGCUCCAGCACCCGCUGGAAUUCCGGAGGCCCUUGUGACUUUAACCCAAGGCGCCGCCUCUCCCUGUCCCAGGAGCACAUCACCGAGACGGGAAAUCUCUUGCCUUCAGCCAACAGCACUCCCACCUCCACACCCGAGCUCAGCCGGCGGCAGGGCCUGCUCAGGUGCCGCUCGCAGCCCUGCGUGCUGAACGAAAAGAAAAGCCGGCUGAAGCGCAGACGGGAGGAGGACGUACGAUGGAACAGGCCAUCGUUAGACUUUUUUAAAAUGACACGGGUGAGAUUUUGUUUUCCUCAGUGUGGGAAGGGAGCUCUUGCAGAAGGGCUGUUUCUAGAUCAGUGGCACUAACCUGUAGUUGUUGCAGAUUUGCUUGUGCCCCGUUUCACCUUUGGCAGGAGGGCAGGUUCCUUGCACUAUACCUUAAAACAACUUAGAUUUUGCCUGUGAAACCCAGAUCUUGAAGCCCAUACUACUUGAUAGAGAGUGCUUAAAGCAGAGGCCACAGAAAAAUGGCUUGCUUUUUGAAAAGCAAGGAAGCCAUGGGGAAUAGACACAGUAGCAAAGAAUUUAUACCACUGUGUUCCCAAAUGCAAUGAUUUGAGUAAUCUUAGUGUAAAUCUGUUUGAUUAAGCUUUCCCUUAGUUUGAGUAAUUCCAUAAAGCUAAAUAAGAGCAAGCAAACUCCUGUAUAAAUGGAUUAACUAAAGCAGCUGCUAACAAGCAGUUGGAAAGAGAUAGUAUUGUAAUAUGGCAACUACAGAUGCUCUAGCCCAAUGGUGAGGUGUUUUAUUCCAGAAUGUUACUUAAAAUUCUACUUCUCUCCUCAUGAGAGUAGAGUUGCUGAUUCAAGAACUAGAAAAGUUCAGUUCAUGCCUAUACUUUACAUGCAAUACAAAUGCAUAUAACACAGCUCAUUUUUUUGGAGCUUCUUUGUUCAGAGUUCAGAGCUACAGUUCAAAAUGUAAAACUGAAUCUAACAUUAUGGUCAGAGAACACUUUGUGCUUGUGAAUAUAACUCUACUGCCUUCAGUAGACACCAGACUUGGAAGGCUUGUGUGAUAGAUGUGUUAUGACUAGUGAUGAGGAGGCAGUUUGCAAAAGUAGCAGUAAAAUUGUAAGCAAGGGACAUAGUUGUGCACCAGUGUCCCUGUAUGUGAUGUACUGUACAAAAGAAAAGCUGGAUAGGACAGUGUUGGGUAAAACAUGCAGUUUGUGGUACCUCAGUACAGGCUUUACGUCAAAAUACAUGGGAAAAAUACCAGUAAGAUAGAUAUUGGAAUGCUAGCUAAUUUAUAUCCACUUGGCUAAAAGUCUGCAUGAUUACAACUGUCCUUCCCUUGUACUUUUGUGAAACAACUUUUUUAUAUCUUAAAGGAUUUUCCUCUUGAAAAAUACAACAUUUUUGGUGAAGCUGUGGGGGUAGAACAAUCUGUUUAGUUACUGACAAGGUUGGUAACCAGUUCUGCUCUAGGUAUGGCUAGACAGUGUUCUGAGUUUUGGCUAAGAUGUAAGUUUACUAGUUAGCUAAUCAGAUCUUACCUGUUUCUCUGUGUUAAUCACUACUGGGAUUAGUUUGCUAAUCUAGACCAGAAGUAUUAUUGGAUUUGCCUUUCAACUGCCUGUGUGGUCUAAUGCAGGUUUCUUUAUGUAAAAUUUAAAACCUGCUUUUUUUUUUUGGCUACACUCAAUGCUUGCAUUCUUCAAGCUCUGGAGGUGAGGUGCAAUAUUUCAGGCUACUGAAUAACUUCAGUUGCUCAGAUCUUACUUUUAAAUAAUCCAUACAGCAGAGUGUAUGGAGGAAACCUGUUAUAUCCCAUGUCUAUAGGAAGUUUUUUUGGCUGUUUAGAUUUGCUGCAGAAUUUUAUAUGACACUAAUAUUUAGCCAGUCUUGACUAGUUGUUCCUGUAAGACUCUUUUGGAGGGAUGAUUUCAAGAUGAGUAGUUUAUUCUGCAGUGUCAAGGCCUGAUGUUUUCUUUCCAGCUAUUUCAGUAGAAUCUUCCUAUUAAGAUACUACUGUGUAUUUAAUCAAAGGCACAAAUUAUAGCUUGGAAAUACUUCUAUUUCUAAACAUGCUAAACUUUAACGAAAACAUCUGUUUAAAAACUCGGCAAGUACUGGAAACAUUUGAGGUAAAAAUUGAAUUAAGUUUCCAAGAAAGAUCAAGGUUUUUUAGAAUGUCAGCUUGCUUACCCUUUUUUUUUUUUUGUUAGAAGUCUUCAUAUCUUAUCUUUUCUGCAUAGCCCAAAUCCUGGUAGAUGUAUAUGGUUUGGAACUUAAGCAAAAUUACUGUUGUACAAAAUAUCAUGAGCUAAUACUACAGGAGGCUUAUUUUGAAGU